GCUCGUGAAGGCAUCAUCAUCACCACCACCGCAGCUUCGGAGCGGCAGGGAUCGUGAUCGCGGCCUCUGGGCAACAUGAGUGACGGAAAGGCUCCUGCUGUGACCCUGAAAACCAUCCUCGUAGGAAACUCUGGGGUGGGAAAAUCCUCCAUCAUGAACAGAUAUGUGAAUAACCGCUUCACCAACAUGUACAGAGCCACCAUAGGGACUGACUUCUUCUCCAAAGCUGUCAGGAUAGAUGGAAACUCAGUGACUCUGCAGAUCUGGGACACAGCAGGAACAGAGAGGUUCCAGUCUCUGGGCUCACCUCUGUACAGAGGGAGCCACAGCUGCAUGCUGGUGUUUGACGUCACAUCCAUGGCCAGUUUCAGUGCCUUGGACGUGUGGAGGAAGGAGUUCCUGGUCCAGGGAGAGCCUCAGGACCCGUCCGACUUCCCCUUCAUCGUUCUGGGCAACAAGACGGACCUGAGCCGCAGGGAGGUGUCUCGCAGAAAGGCCCUGCAGUGGUGCGAAGACAUCGGAGCCGAGUACUUCGAAGGAAGCGCCAAGGAGGACCUGGACCUGGACAAGCCGUUUCUGAGAGCCGCCGAGCUCGGCCUCCGGCAGUACAAAAAACACACAUUGGAAAAUACAGGACAUUUCCAGAUAACCUGCGAACAGCCGAGAGAAACUCGCAACACCUGCGAGUGCUGAGAGGAGCAGUCCACCCAGCGCGGGAGGGGAAAGUUCAGAGACCUCGGCACUGCUGAUGAUGACCUAUCUAACAAGGGUGCAAAAAUAGUGACCCGGCAAAGGUACUGUGGAAGGAAAGGACACAAUUGUAUACCACAUGGAGAGAGGAACAAACUCAUUAAAUGUUUUUUUUUUUCCUUCUUUUCUCUUUUUAUUUUUUAUUUUAUUGAGAACCUUCAGCUUAUGGUCUAACUUAAGGCAUCACUACUAAAAUACACUGCUUUUGCAUGCAUGUCUAGUUUUGUUCAACAGACACACCGACACGCACAAAAAUUAUGAAUGCAUAUGAAGAGAAAGUUCGUGUCUAGAAAGAAAUCAGGAGAAAUCCCAAACCUGAAGCCCGAGGUGGCGAGCGGAGGCCUCGGCUCUGACGUUCGGGCCUUUUUUGAUUUUUGAUUGGAUCCGUUUUAUUAUUUUUUUUUUUUACCAUCACGACUGAAUCUGCCGUUACGCAGAUCUCCGCUCAUGCCCAGUCAGAUACCUCCUCUCUCCCUGUACACGUCUGGACUGAUGGACCUAGCAGGACUUCACAUCCCUACGGCGAAUCAGCUCGACAGAAGCAAAAUCAA